AUGCACGAUAGCAGCGAUAACGGGCAUGGGGACCCCGUUUUGACCGCUUUCACAUGCGCCUUGAUAGCAUCAACACGAGUUCUUUAUGUCGUGGGUACCGAACUCAGCGCAGCGUCUGGCUUAGCCACUUGGCGUGAUGAUCCAGUCAUUGUUUGGCGCUUUUACGGAGAGCGGCUGCUCAAAUCACUUGCCUCCCAGCCGAAUGCCGCUCAUCAUGCUCUAGCAGCUCUAGCUACGUGGCAUCCAGGAUGGUUGACGAUAAACCAAAACGUCGAUGGCCUUCUCGAGCAAACCGCUCAUCCGAUGUCAACCCUACUAGGUAUCCAUGGCAGUUUGACGGCUGUUCGCUGUACCGUUUGUAAAUACGUUGUCGACGUCCGUACUCCGCAUGACCUUCCAUUCCUGCUGGCUCUAUCAGAUGACAAUGACCAGGAACGCUCGAUCGGUGUUUCCCAUCUACCGCGCUGUCCUGAAUGCGGAAAUCUACUUCGCCCUGGAGUCGUUUGGUUCGGCGAGCGACUUGCUGCGGGCGCACCGGAUAGUGUCGAUGAAUGGAUGUCUGAAGCACCAGUCGAUCUGGUCAUUGCCAUUGGAACAAGCCUUGAAGUCUACCCAGCCGCUGAGUGGGUCAGUACAGCGCGGGCCGAGGGAGCGUCCCUACUGGUCAUUGACAUCGACAAGGAUAACAAGCUCGCAAGAGAAUUGGAUAACAACGACUGGAUUUUUAAGGGCGAUGCUGCGAUCAUUAUGCCUGAGAUGUUUUGGUCUGUGGAGAGAACAGGAAAGAGAAAUGUAGCAAAGAUCGUUACCAAGACGGACCAGCAGAAUAUUCCAACCGUUGAUACGAAUACUCCUGAAAAGAGGGCUGUCUACGAGCAACAUUCGUACAUGAUGAAGAGACGUCAUGAUUGA